UUUCGUAUAUAAACUGUAUAUUUUUAGUCAAUCUUGUGUCACCUGCGCACACAUGGCUCCAGCAAAAUGGAUUAUAAUACCAACAAUAUGGCUCGUAACACAAUCUAUAUAUGCAUUCCAGUUUCCAUUCAUCGGUUCGUCUUUUCCCGAUUUUUCUUCUGAAUUUGACUCACUUGAAUCAGAAGCCCAAAGUUCUGCGUCGGCAAAUGCUGCAUUCGGCCAAGCAUCAGCAAUAUCAGAAGCUGGAGGUUCUUCAACAGCUAUAUCUGAAUCUGGCGCGUCCGGCGGAGGCUCUGCAUCGUCGGAGGCAUUGUCUGAAGGAAGUGGCAGCUCAACUGGGUCAGGAGGUGGCAGCUCCAGUGGCUCAGGAAAUAGUAAGCCCAGUGGGACAGCAACUGCCAGCUCUAAUGGGUCAACAAAUAGCAGCUCUAGCGGCGUCUCAGGAAAUAGCAGCACUAGCGGCACAGGUAGUGGCAGCUCGAAUAGCUCGGGAAGUGCCAGUUCAAGUGGGUCAGAAAGUGGCAGCUCUAGUGGUUCAACUGCCAGCUCUAGUAGGUUAGCAAGUGGCAGCUCUAACAGUACAGGUAGUGGCAGAAUUAACGGUUCAGCAAGUAGCGAGCCCAGUAUGUCAGGAAGUGGCAGCUUUAAUAGUUCAGCAAGUAGCAAGCCCAGUGAGUCAGGAAGUGGCAGCUCUAAUGGUUCAGAAAGUAGCAAGCCUAGCGGUACAGGAAGUGGCAACUCGAACACCUCAGGAAGUGGCAGCUCAAGUGGGACAGCAAGUGGCACAUCUAGCGGUUUAUCAAGUAACAGCUCUAACAGCAUAGUUAGUGGCAACUCAAGUGUGACAGCAGCUACUAGCUCUAGUGGGAUAGGAAAUAGCAGCUCAAGUGGGAUAGGAAGUGGCAGUUCAAGUGGGACAGCAACUGUCAGCUCUAAUGGGUCAACAAAUGGUAGGUCUAGCGGCGGCUUAGGAAGUAGCAGCUCUAGCGACACAGGUAGUAACAGUUCGAACAGCUCACAAAGUGCCAGUUCCAGUGGGUCAGGAAGUGACAUCUCAAGUGGGACAGCAAGUGCCACAUCUAGCGGUUCAGCAAAUAGCAGCUCUAACAGCACAGGUAGUGGCAGCUCAAGUGUGACAGCAACUGCUAGUUCUAGUGGGUCAGGAAGUGACAGCUCUAACGGUUCAGCAAGUAGCAAGCCCAGUGGAUCAGGAAGUGGCAGCUCUAACGGCUCAGCAAGUAGCAAGCUCAGUGGGUCAGGAAGUGGUAGCUUUAAUGGUUCAGCAAGUAGCAAGCCCAGUGGGUCAGAAAGUGGCAGUUCUAAUGGUUCAGCAAGUAGCAAGCCCAGUGGGUCAGGAAGUGGAAGCUCUAAAGUUUCAGCAAGUAGCAAGCCCAGUGGGUCAGGAAGUGGCAGCUCUAAUGGUUCAGCAAGUAGCAAGCCCAGUGAGUCAGGAAGUGGCAGCUCUAAUGGUUCAGCAAGUAGCAAGCCCAGUGAGUCAGGAAGUGGCAGCUCUAAUGGUUCAGCAAGUAGCAAGCCCAGUGAGUCAGGAAGUGGCAGCUCUAAUGAUUCAGCAAGUAGCAAGCCCAGUGGGUCAGAAAGUGGCAGUUCUAAUGGUUCAGCAAGUAGCAAGCCCAGUGGGUCAGGAAGUGGUAGCUUUAAUGGUUCAGCAAGUAGCAAGCCCAGUGGGUCAGAAAGUGGCAGUUCUAAUGGUUCAGCAAGUAGCAAGCCCAGUGGGUCAGGAAGUGGAAGCUCUAAAGUUUCAGCAAGUAGCAAGCCCAGUGGGUCAGGAAGUGGCAGCUCUAAUGGUUCAGCAAGUAGCAAGCCCAGUGAGUCAGGAAGUGGCAGCUCUAAUGGUUCAGCAAGUAGCAAGCCCAGUGAGUCAGGAAGUGGAAGCUCUAAAGUUUCAGCAAGUAGCAAGCCCAGUGGAUCAGGAAGUGGAAGCUCUAAAGUUUCAGCAAGUAGCAAGCCCAGUGAGUCAGGAAGUGGCAGCUCUAAUGGUUCAGCAAGUAGCAAGCCCAGUGAGUCAGGAAGUGGCAGCUCUAAUGGUUCAGCAAGUAGCAAGCCCAGUGGAUCAGAAAGUGGAAGCUCUAAAGUUUCAGCAAGUAGCAAGCCCAGUGAGUCAGGAAGUGGCAGCUCUAAUGGUUCAGCAAGUAGCAAGCCCAGUGAGUCAGGAAGUGGCAGCUCUAAUGGUUCAGCAAGUAGCAAGCCCAGUGAGUCAGGAAGUGGCAGCUCUAAUGGUUCAGCAAGUAGCAAGCCCAGUGAGUCAGGAAGUGGCAGCUCUAAUGGUUCAGCAAGUAGCAAGCCCAGUGGAUCAGGAAGUGGAAGCUCUAAAGUUUCAGCAAGUAGCAAGCCCAGUGGAUCAGGAAGUGGCAGCUCUAAUGGUUCAGCAAGUAGCAAGCCCAGUGGAUCAGGAAGUGGCAGCUCUAAUGGUUCAGCAAGUAGCAAGCCCAGUGGAUCAGGAAGUGGAAGCUCUAAAGUUUCAGCAAGUAGCAAGCCCAGUGAAUCAGGAAGUGGCAGCUCUAAUGGUUCAGCAAGUAGCAAGCCCAGUGGAUCAGGAAGUGGAAGCUCUAAAGUUUCAGCAAGUAGCAAGCCCAGUGAGUCAGGAAGUGGCAGCUCUAAUGGUUCAGCAAGUAGCAAGCCCAGUGAGUCAGGAAGUGGCAGCUCUAAUGGUUCAGCAAGUAGCAAGCCCAGUGAGUCAGGAAGUGGCAGCUCUAAUGGUUCAGCAAGUAGCAAGCCCAGUGGAUCAGGAAGUGGAAGCUCUAAAGUUUCAGCAAGUAGCAAGCCCAGUGGAUCAGGAAGUGGCAGCUCUAAUGGUUCAGCAAGUAGCAAGCCCAGUGGAUCAGGAAGUGGAAGCUCUAAAGUUUCAGCAAGUAGCAAGCCCAGUGAGUCAGGAAGUGGCAGCUCUAAUGGUUCAGCAAGUAGCAAGCCCAGUGAGUCAGGAAGUGGCAGCUCUAAUGGUUCAGCAAGUAGCAAGCCCAGUGGAUCAGGAAGUGGAAGCUCUAAAGUUUCAGCAAGUAGCAAGCCCAGUGAGUCAGGAAGUGGCAGCUCUAAUGGUUCAGCAAGUAGCAAGUCCAGUGAGUCAGGAAGGAGCAGCUCUAAUGGUUCAGCAAGUAGCAAGCCCAGUGGAUCAGGAAGUGGAAGCUCUAAAGUUUCAGCAAGUAGCAAGCCCAGUGAGUCAGGAAGUGGCAGCUCUAAUGGUUCAGCAAGUAGCAAGCCCAGUGAGUCAGGAAGUGGCAGCUCUAAUGGUUCAGCAAGUAGCAAGCCCAGUGAGUCAGGAAGUGGCAGCUCUAAUGGUUCAGCAAGCAGCAAGCCCAGUGGAUCAGGAAGUGGAAGCUCUAAAGUUUCAGCAAGUAGCAAGCCCAGUGGGUCAGGAAGUGGAAGCUCAAUUAGGUCAGCAAAUGGCAGUUCAAGUCGGACAGCAACUGCCAGCUCAAGUGGGUCAGGAAGUGGCAUCUCAAGUGUGAUAGCAAUAGUAAGCUCUAGUGUGUCAGCAAGUGGGAUAGGAAGUGGCAGCUCAAGUAGGACAGUAACUGCCAGCUCUAAUUGCUCAAGAAAUGCAAGCUCGAGCGGCGGCUCAGGAAGUAGCAGCACUAGCGGAACAAGCAGUGGCAGCUCGAACAGCUCAGGAAGUGCCAGCUCAAGUGGGAUAGGAAGUGGCAGUUCAAGUGGGACAGCAACUGCCAGCUCUAAUGGGUCAACAAAUGGCAGGUCUAGCGGCAGCUUAGGAAGUAGCAGCUCUAGCGACACAGGUAGUGACAGUUCGAACAGCUCACGUAGUGCCAGCUCCAGUAGGUCAGGAAGUAACAGCUCAAGCGGGACAGCAAGUGCCACAUCUAGCGGUUCAGCAAAUAGCAGCUCUAACAGCACAGGUAGUGGCAGCUCAAGUGUGAUAGCAACUGCUAGUUCUAGUGGGUCAGGAAGUGACAGCUCUAACGGUUCAGCAAGUAGCAAGCUCAGUGGGUCAGGAAGUGGUAGCUCUAACGGCUCAGCAAGUAGCAAGCUCAGUGGGUCAGAAAGUGGCAGCUCUAAUGGUUUAGCAAGUAGCAAGUCCAGUGAGUCAGGAAAUGGCAGCUCUAAUGGUUCAGCAAGUAGCAAGGCCAGUGGGCCAGGAAGUGGAAGCUCAAUUGGGUCAGCAAAUGGCAGUUCAAGUCGGACAGCAACUGCCAGCUCAAGUGGGUCAGGAAGUGGCAGCUCAAGUGUGAUAGCAAUUGCCAGCUCUAGUGUGUCAGCAAGUGGGAUAGGAAGUGGCAGCUCAAGUACGACAGUAACUGCCAGCUCUAAUUGCUCAAGAAAUGCAAGCUCUAGCGGCGGCUCAGGAAGUAGCAGCACUAGCGGAACAAGUAAUGGCAGCUCGAACAGCUCAGGAAGUGCCAGCUCAAGUGGGUCAGGAAGUGGCAGCUCAAGUGGGACAGCAACUGCCACCUCUACUGGUUCAACAAAUGGAAGCUCUAGCGGCACAGGAAGUGGCAGCUCGAACAGCUCAGGAAGUGCCAGCUCAAGUGGGUCUGUAAGUGGCAGCUCAAGUGGGACAGCAAGUGCCACAUCUAGCGGUUCAGAAAAUAGCAGCUCUAACAGCACAGGUAGUGGCAGCUCAAGUACGAUAGCAACUGCUAGUUCUAGUGGAUCAGCAAGUGGGAUAAGAAGUGGCAGGUCAAGUGGGACAGCAAGUAGCAGCUCAAGUGGGACAGCAACUGCCAGCUCUACUUGUUCAACAAAUGGCAGUUCUAGCAGCGGCUCAAAAAGUAACAGCUCUAGCGGCACAGGAAGUGGCAGCUCGAACAGCUCAGGAAGUGCCAGCUCAAGUGGGUCAGUAAGUGGCAGCUCAAGUGGGACAGCAAGUUCCACAUCUAGCGGUUCAGCAAGUAACUGCUCUAACAGAACAGGUAGUGGCUACUCUAGUACAUCAGCAAGUGGCAGCUCUAGUGGGAUAGAAAGUGGCAGCUUAAGUGGGUCAGCAAGUGGCAUCUCUAACAGCACAGGUAGUGGCAGCUCUAACGGGUCAGCAAGUAGCGAGCCCAGUGGGUCAGGAAGUGACAGUUCUAAUGGUUCAGUAAGUAGCAAGCCCAAUGGGUCAGGAAGUGGCAGCUCUAACGGUUCAGCAAGUAGUAAGCCCAGUGUGUCAGGAAGUGGCAGCUAUAACGGUUCAGCAACUAGCAAGCCCAGUGGGUCAGCAAAUAUCAGUUCAAAUGUGACAGCAACUGCCAGCUCUAAUGGGUCAACAAGUGGCAGCUCUAGCGGCAGCUCAGAAAGUAGCAGCUCUAGCGGCAUAGGAAGUGGCAGCUCAAGUGGGUCAAGAAAUGCCACAUCUAGGUGUUCAGCAAGUAGCAGUUCUAACAGCACAGGUUGUGGCAGCUCUAACGGUUCAGCAAGUAGUGAGCCCAGUAGGUCAGGAAGUGGCAGCUAUAGUGGUUCAGCAAGUAGCAAGCCCAAUGGGUCAAGAAGUGGCAGCUCUAACAGUUCAGCAAGUAAUAAGCCCAGUGGGUCAGGAUGUGGCAACUCUAACGGUUCAGCAAGUAGCAAGUAUAGUGGCACAGGAAGUGGCAACUCGAACAGCUCAGGAAGUGGCAGCUCAAGUGGGACAGCAAGUGCCUCAUCUAGCGCUUCAGCAAAUAGCAGCUCUAACAGCACAGGUAGUGGCAGCUCAAGUGUGACAGCAACUGCUAGUUCUAGUGGGGCAGGAAGUAGCAGCUCUAACGGUUCAGCAAGUAGCAAGCCCAGUGGGUCAGGAAGUGGCAGCUCUAACGGCUCAGCAAGUAGCAAGCUCAGUGGGUCAGGAAGUGGUAGCUUUAAUGGUUCAGCAAGUAGCAAGCCCAGUGGGUCAGGAAGUGGCAGCUCUAAUGGGUCAACAAAUGACAGCUCUAGCGGCGGCUCAGAAAGAAGCAGCUCUAGCGGCACAGGAAGUGGCAGCUCGAACAGCUCAGGAAGUGCCAGCUCAAGUGGGUCAGUAAGUGGCAGCUCAAGUGGGACAGCAAGUGCCACAUCUAGCGGUUCAGCAAGUAACUGCUCGAACAGCACAGGUAGUGGCAGCUCAAGUGUGAUAGCAACUGCUAGUUCUAGUGAGACAGCAAGUGGCAGCUCUAGUGGGAUAGCAACUGCCAGCUCAAGUGGGUCAGCAAGUGCCAGCUCUAACAGAGAUAGUGUUAGCUCUAGUGGGACAGCAACUACUAGCUCAAGUGUGUCAGGGAGUGGCAGCUCAAGUGUGAUUGCAACUGCCAGCUCUAGUGGAUCAGCAAGUGGGACAGAUGGUGGCAGCUCUAGUGGGAUAGCAACUGCCAGCUCAAAUGGGUCAGGAAGUGGCAGCUCAAGUGUGAUAGCAACUGCCAGCUCUAGUGGAUCAGCAAGUGGGACAGGAAGUGACAGCUCAAAUAGGGCAGCAAGUGGCAGCUUAAAUGGAACAGCAAGUGGCAGUUCUAUCGUUUCAGGUAGUACUAGCUCUAGCGGCAGCUUAGGAACUAGCAGCUGUAGCGACACUGGUAGUGGCAGCUCGAGUGGAUCAGGAAAUGGUAGCACCAGUGUGUCAGGAAGUGCCAGCUCAAGUGGGUCAGGAAGUGGCAGCACAGGAAGUAGCUCUGCAAGCUCCUCUAGUAGUAACAACUCUAGAGGAUCGUCGUCGACUUCAGACAGAAAAAUAAUUGUAGGCUGUAAGACAAAAGAAGAGAGACAAAAACUGAAGGAGAGGCUCAAGAAGUCCAAGCACUUCCAGGAGGAGAUCAAAAACAAGGAUUCUCUACCAAUCCUAAAAAAUGUCCUAAAGAAGAACAAUGACGAAGAAAUUGUUAAUAUAAUAAGAAACCAAAACAAGGGCAUUUUCGAAAAUAUUGAAGAGGAAGAACGGAGAAUAGAGGUUAAAUUUUGUAAAAGAGCAAGAAAUCAACACCUCGAUCACGAGAUAGUUAAAGUGGCACCGAAAAUAUGGAACCUUGUAUCGCACCCAGGAUCGGAUCCCGAUCAGGGAACUCCACAAUGGUUUUUUGCACGGACAUAAUUUUUUCUCACGCGAUGAAUGCAACAAGAUCUCUUUGAUGACAAUAAAAGUUUGUUUCAGUUAUGUAAUUUUGGGUAUUUACUCGUUUCGUACCACAAGGGAUUCGAAUAUAUAUAGGAUAGGUUCUUUCACAUCACGGUGUGAAUAGCCCAAAACUUUUUUAAUGGGUGAUAUCUGACAAAAGUAAUGUAGUUUAAUUACAAUCUCAUUAGUACAGCCAGGCGCAAAAUAAUAGAACAACAAAAAUAAUAUUCAAGUUACAUUUUAAUGUCAUAAGCCCAAUAAGUUUUUUUUACUUUAUGAACAUCGCCGCCGCCUUAAGUGGACGUAAAAAGAUGCUAAUAUGCGCAAAUACAUUACAAGAAAUUAUCUAUUGUUCAAAAUUAAUUUUACCGGUCAUAUAACAAUAGAGUAUUUUUUACUAUGUGUAUAUAUUGAUCAAAAUUUACCCAUUAUAUAAACUUGAUUGGUUAAAGUUUAUUUUUUUAUCACUAUCUUCUUUUCUUCUUAUCUGUACAAAUAAAUAAUUCGAAUCCUUAAAGUUUUGUUAUGAGUUCAAUUCGUUUUGCCCCGUGGUCCCAAUCCCUCCAUUCCAAAAGGUACCUUGGCUAUUCACACCGCUCCUGCAGCUGCGGUGCGAAAGAACCUAUUCAAAAUAGGCUCUUGGCGACACACCAUGGUACGAAUCGCUUGUGGUGCGAAACGACUUAAGACCCGUAAUUUUUUACACUACUUAUUGUAUAUAGUGUAUGUUUAUUAUGUGUGUGUGAUAUACAUUUAUAUAAAAAUAGACAUAUUUUUC